GGUGCUGCCAUGCAUCUUUCAUCAGUCUCUCACUCCCAACAUACAAGAAAAACCAUCAUACAAAUUAAGUUUCAUACCUAUUCCAUUUAAAAAUAAAAUGGCGAAAAAGGUAGCCUUUCUUCUUGCAAUUGUUUCCAUAUCCAUGAUUGCCACUUUGGCUCAUGGAUUUCCUGAUGAUGGAAGCUCUAAAGCCGUGGAAGAAUGGCCCAACCGAUUCCCUACUGCAGAACCUAUAAACAUAAAGUUUCGCUUGUACCUUAACAACAUCCUCACUACGGUCCCUCCCGCGAGUGUCGCGGUGGCUAAGGCCAGCACCACAGACUCCACUCCUACAAGCUUUGGUUUAGUGAGAGUCAUAGACGGCCCCAUGGCCGAGCAACCGAUGACUGAGAACCCGAACGCCACAGUUGUCGCUCGGGUUCAAGGGCUCGGUGUAUUUUCCUCCCAAACAGAAGUCGGCAUCCUUGAGGCUCUUAGCUUUGUUUUCGUGGACGGCGAAUUCAAGGGCAGCACUCUCACCGCCUUGGGGCGUCUAGCGCCGGCGGAAGGGUGGAGCGACAUUUCGGUCGUUGGCGGGGCGGGUGUUUUCCGGAGGGCGCAAGGAACUAUUGCUUCCAGGAUUUACUAUAUUGAUCCCACCGUCGGUGAUGUUCAAGAGAUGAUUUUCGACUUCGACUAUUACCCGAAGACCACCACCUCCCAAGAAUGAAUAUGAUGAUCGCGUGACAGUAACAACCUCGCAACACUUUCCUUCUGAAUGUUUCUUUUUAAUUCAAGUCCAAUUCUUAAGAUUUCUUGUUAUCCUUUCCCAUGUUGUAAUACUCAAUAAAAGCGAUGUACCUUUCAAGAGGCGUACGACUCUGAUUUCGACACAGUUAUAUAAUCAAUGUAUUGAUCAUUUUCUCCA